CUGAUCAUUUUUGUGGCCUCUUCUGGACCCACCCAAGCAGGUCCAUGACUUCCUUGCACUGGGGACCCUGGAGCUGGAAGCAGCACACCACGCGGGGUCUCACCAGAGCAGAGGAGAAGGGGAGAAUCACCUGCCUCAACCUGCUGGCCACGCUGCUUUUUGUGCAGCCCAGGAUACGGUUGGUUGUGGCCUAUGUGGGAUCAUUUGAAUCCACUUUUCUUGCUUCACGCAUUUUUUGCUACUGACUUAUUACUUGCUGCUUAUUUUAUAUUUAUUUUAGACUAUGGCAAUGAUGUUAGACAAAAAGCAAAUUUGAGUGAUUUUCUUAUUCGAAUAAGUUCGAAAUUGGUUGUAAAGCAGCAGAGGCAACUCACAACAUCAGCAACACAUUUGGCCCAGGAACUGCUAAUGAAUGUACAGAGCAGUGGUGGUUCAAGAGGUUUCACAAAGGAGAUGGGAGCCUUGAAGAUGAAGAGUGUAGUGGUUGCCAUUGGAAGUUGACAAUGACCAACUGAGCAAUCAUUGAAGCUGAUCCUUUUACAACUACACGAGAAGCUGCCGAAGAACUCAGUGUCAACUAUUCUAUGUUUGUUUGCCAUUUGAAGCAAAAUGGAAAGGUGAAAAAGCUCAAUAAGUGGGUGCCUCAUGAGAUGACGGAAAAACAAAAAAAAUCAUUGUUUUGAAGUGUUGUCUUCUCUUAUUCUACGCAACAACAACAAACUAUUUCUCGAUCAGAUGUGAUGUGCACUGACAAGUGGAUUGUAUAUAACAACUAGAGUUGGACCAAGGGUUGGACUCGAUGAUCUCUGAGGUCUUUUCCAACCCAGUCGAUUCUGUGAUUCUGUGUGAACUGGUGAUGACCAACUCGGUGGUUGGGCUGAGAAGAACCUCCAAAGCAGUUCCCAAAGCCAAAUUUGCACAAAAAAAAGGUCACAGCCACUGUUUGGUGACCUGCUGCCAGUCUGAUCCACUCCAGCUUUCUGAAUCCCAGCAAAACCAUUCCAUCUGAGAAGUCUGCUCAGCAAAUUGGUGAGAGGCACUGAAAACUGCAACGCCUGCAGCUGACAUUGGUCAACAGAAAGGGCCCAAUUCUUCUCCACAGCAACACCCAACCGCACAUCACACAACCAAUGCUUCCAAAGCUGAACAAAUUACGCUAUGAAGUUUUGCAUCAUCCACCAUAUUCACCUGACCUCUCACCAACCGACUGCCGCUUCUUCAAGCAUCUCGACAAAUUUUUGCAGGGAAAAUGCUUCCACAACCAGCAGGAUGCAGAAAAUGCUUUCCAAGAGUUUGUCCAAUCCCAAAGCACGUUUUUUUACGCUACAGGAGUACACAAACUUAUUUCUCUUUGGCAAAACUGCCAACUGUAAUGGCUCCUAUUUUGAUGAAUAAAGAUGUGUUUGAGCCUACUUAUAAUGAUUUAAAAUUAACAGCCCAAAAACACCAUUAUUUUUGCAUCAACCUAACAGUAGCUGGAAGCCUGGCAAGAUCUCGUCCCCAAAUGAGGUAUGUCUGUUGAGGCAGGGCAGUUGCCCCCCUGAGGCUGGUUUGAACAAGGAGGGCCCAGAGGAGUUUCCCAAGUGCUGAGAGGUGGGACUCCAGCGAUGGGGUGGUGAUCAUCUUGAGAAUGGGAGGAGACCUGUGAAAGAACAGAGUGUAAGGGUGCAUCCGAGCAAGGGGACAAGAGAGGUAAUCACAUGGUCUGGCCCAAGGCCUUGAAGUGCAUGAGCAUUCCUGUUCUGGAUGACAUUUUUCCCCUGAAAGUCUCUUACCAUGUCACAUGUUGGAGUCUGCUUUUCAUCUUUUCAAGAAAGGUUAAAAAGAACCAACCGCUUCAGUGUCUUCCACAAAGGCCUGGGCUGCCCCCGUGGCCCCGCCCCCCGGCCCCGCCCCCCGCCUGGUGGUCGCGCCCCCGCCACGCGGCUCCGCCGCCGGGAUUGGCUCCCCGCGCUCCAUGGCCCUGCGUCUUGCUUAGGGUGGACAGAAGAUACUCAAGGUUUGAUCGACGAGUCCUGCCCUUCCGAGCCCGGGGCAGGAGCAGCACAACAGUAAGAGUCCCAUUUGAGACUCAUUUGCCACGACAAUACACCGAAGGAGCCGAGAACGCGCACCGCAGGGCUCUAACCUCGCCCUGGCGACCUCGCUCCCGCCAUCCCCUCAGCGCCGCAAGGCGCAUGCGCAGUGAGCUCACGGCGCGGCGCCGAGUGCGCACUCCGUCCAAUCGCAGCCUGCCCUCGUCGGGUAGUGUUGAGGAAGACUCUAGCUGAGAAACAUGGAAGUCUCAGUAUUAGAGAUUGAAGAUCCGGGUUGCUUUUGGGUUACUAUGAAAGGAUGUGCACCUUACAUAGUUGACGAAAUAGAGUAUAAAAACCUGAAUGCCAAAAUGAAUCAGUUCUAUGACAAAUCUUAUAAAGAUGUGGAUGAAGUAAAACCACUAGUCAUAAAAGAGGGCCAGAUUUGUGUGGUUUUCAGUGAGGAACUCGAAUGCUGGUGUAGAGCAAUUGUUAAGUCAAUCAUGUACUGUAGAGAUGAUUAUCAAAUAGAAUGUUUUCUUGUGGAUUAUGCCAAACACAUUUUUGUUGGAACAAAGGACAUUCGAAUUGCAGCGGAAGCAUUUCUGCAGAUCCCAUAUAGAGCAAAAAAGUGUAGACUGUAUCGCACAAAGCCGGUGACGCUGCGUGUCGACUUCUGUGAAAAUACUGCAAAAAUAGUACCAGCCAAAAGAUGGGACAGUGCUGCUAUUCAGUAUUUUAAAAACCUUCUCAAAGUAACUACGCAAAUGAAAGCCAAUUUAUGUGCUGUAGAAGACAACACAUUUGAUAUUUUUCUUUAUGCGACAAAGGGGGAUGAAAAGGUGUGCGUUAAUGAUGAUCUUGUCGCAAAGAACUUUGCCCAUCUUGAGAACGAUGAUCAGGAGAACCAAACAUCAUUAAAUGCUGAGUCCCUUCCAGCUGAACCUGUUAAUCCUGUGUUUCCCUUCAGGCCAGUGCUGUGUCAGGAUAAAACAACAAAUCCUGAGACAGGUCUUGCUGUUUCCAGUUCCUUUCUUGAAGAGACAUACCAAAAGUCCAGCACAGAUUUAAAUGAAAAUACUGCGUCUAGUUCUCAAAAUCUUAGUGAAGAACAAAACUUUGUCUUUCUUAGCAACAAAAUUGAACCAUUUUCAGCUCUGGAAACAGCACCACUUUUUGAUGAUCUGAAAAAGGAACUUGCUCAGAAAAACUUUUUAGGCCCUAACUUUACGCAAUCUUACUGUUGGCCUCCAGUAGCUCGAGGAUGUGAUGUAGUUGCCAUCUCGUAUCAGGGAAAUGAUCCUUCUUUAUAUAUUCCACCAGUUCUUACAUUUUUGCACUCGGAAAGUUACUACAGAGCCUUGCCAAGCAGGAAUGGACCACUAGCACUUAUUUUAUGUCCUGGGCGGAAGAAGGCACAACUUGUUUUUGAGCUACUGGGAACAUAUGAGCGAUGCUCCAGAAAGCUUCAUCCAAUGCUGAUAAUACUUGGCCAGAACAAAGCAGCAGCUAGCAGUGUGAAAAUCCAAGGAUGUGAAGUAAUUGUGACUACACCAUAUAGCUUCCUGAGACUGUUUGAACACCACAAUUUAUUAUUUUGUAGACUUUGCCAUCUUGUUCUUGAUGAGGUUGAGGUACUGCUCUCUGAAGCUACUGAACAGGUUUUUACUAUAUUAGAUUGUUACAAUAAAUCAGUUUUUGCUGAAGAGUGGGAGUAUUCACUGCACCAGAUUAUUGCUGUUGGAACUCACUAUAAUAAACAUAUAGCACGCUUGAUAAAGGAGUUCAUGAGCGAUCCCUACGUUGUGAUAACGGCUGUUGAAGAAGCUUCCAUCUAUGGAAAUGUGCAACAGGUCGUGCAGCCAUGCACAAACAGUGAGAAAACUGCUGUGUUACUCAAAAUAUUGGAUUUUACCCCUAAUGAUCUUCAGAAGGUGCUGAUAUUCACUGACUCAGUAAGUGAGGCAGAAAUGGUUCAUCAGGCACUGAAGAGCAACUCAAUAUUUUCCUUGAGAAUACAUAAAGAGAGCGAGUUUAAUUUCACAUAUAUCUUAGAGCAGUGGACAAAAAAGUAUAGUUCUGGCACUCAUGUUGUGUUAAUUUUAACAGAUGACUGCAUGCAGCCUUUGGGAAUUACAGAUGCAACUUGCGUGGUACACUUCAGUUUCCCUUCUCCAAGCAUCUUUGUUCAGCGUCUACACAGCCUGUCUGAUAAUUUCUGUAAUGUGAUAAAGGAUUCUUCUGUAGAUCAGGAAUAUACAAAGGCGAGGUCAGUCAUUCUGCUAACAGAAGACAGUGCAUGUCAUGCACCUGAGAUCCUGCACUAUUUGCAGCACGCAGAAGCUGAAAUACCGCCAGAACUGUGUGAUAUUACUGCCAAGGUACUAGAGGCUGAAGAAGAGAAGAAACUUUCAAGGCCACUGUGUGCCUAUCUUAAAACAUUUGGGAUUUGCAAGAAUAGAACAGCGUGUCCAGAUUGUCAUCAAAUUAAUUUUGAAAUAGAUGUGCCCCAGAAUAUACUAGACAAAAUUACACAAACAUCUGGAUGUGUGACAAUACUGCCUCUCCACAUUGUAAAUGCAACAAACUACUUUGGUCGAAUAGUAGAUAAACAAAAGGAUCAGUAUACCACUCUCGCUAAAGAAAUGAAUGAGUAUUUUAAGAAACCUGGUAGUAAGAUUUCAGUUGAAAAUGUGGAGAAGCUAGCAUUGUAUGGAUUAUGUGAGGAAACACAUUUUCACAGGGUUCAGGUGGUAGAGAUUUCCCCAAAAGAAGAGGAAAAUUCGUUCUUUAGUGUCAAAGUUAAAUAUAUAGAUGAAGGCAGAACAAGUCAAGUUCAGAACUAUCAGCUGCUUCACUUACCUGCAAGGUUUCAGUGUCUGCCGCCUCAGGCUGUGGAAUUUGUGGUUUGUAGACUGAAACCCAUUGAUAACGAAAUAGAAUGGAACCCAAAGGUAACUCAUUAUAUUGAUUACAAAAUUAAAGGAAAACUACAUGAAGCAAAAAUAGUACUUACCUUGGGAAAUACAGCUUGGGUUGACCCAAUGGUCCGGGUUGCCAGGCUUCCAGGUUUGAACAUGUCUGUCAGCGAAUACAACGUUCGGUCUGAGAUUUUGUCUACGGGUCUGGGAACUGACAAUCCGGAACAUAUAACGCAACUUCAGAAGCUGUGCAGACACAUGAAAGUAUUAGAUAAUUCAAAGAACUUGGAGCAUUUAAGCAUAAAAGAGAAUGCAGCUGGUCCAGAGGAUGCAUCCAAUCCACAGAAUAUGUCCAUGCAAGAAAAUUCUACUGGGAACUCUAAUUCUUCCAAAAUUACACCUGGGAAUCAUCCAUGUGAUGAUGUAGCUCAAACUAAGGAAGCAGAAGACUCUACCCUGCAUCAGCAUAAAUGCUUUAAUCCAGAAAUAAAGUGGUAUCAAAAUGAAGAGACUGUUACAGUGAAGGUAAAAAUAGCAAGUGUGGCUGACUGUAAAUGUGAGUUCUCUGGAAAGAAGGUGGUUUUCAGUGCUUAUUCAGGAGACAAACGUUAUUUGGCUGACAUGGAGCUACAUCGAGAUAUACUUGCAGAAAAGUCUACCUGUGUGAUUAAGGAAACAGAGGUUAUUAUUGUUCUUGUGAAGGAGAAUAAAGAAAUGUGGUGCAAAUUACUGAAGAACAAGAAUCUUCAUGUGUCUUUUGAUUUUGAACACUGGGAAGACUUUGAAGACAAAAGCCCUUUUCCAGUUGGUAAUAAAAAAUGGCAUUGCACUGAUGCAGUGACUGAAGAAUUGGUGGACUCCUCAGAAGACAGUGGAACAGAAAGUGAUGAUUAAUUUGGAAACAGAUCUUUUUCUUCUAAGAAUUAUGCUUCAAAAGUGUCUCUUGCAUGAGUAUUUACACUAAAUUUGAUAAAGCUAAACGGGUUGCAGAACUGUCAUUAAUUUUAAGAGGAUAAUAGUGAACCAACUACUUAUCUUUGGGCUCUAAGAAUCUGAAGUAAUACUCGCUAGAAGAACAUUGUGCAUGUUUUCCAGUGCCUUGACUUCAAAAUUAUUUGCUUUAAUGAUGAAGUGUACAUAUGCAUGUGUGCUAUCCAAACAGUAAAAUCUAAAGAUUAAACCUGGGUUGUGAAGCAGCUGAGUUUAUUAGUAAUUAGAGAGCUUGUUUAUUUUAUCUGAGUGAAUUUGCUGUGUUAGCAAUACUAAUUUUUGAAGUUUCUCAAAUCCUGAUGCUCUGUCAUUUGUUCUGCCACGUCUCUCCUGUUCAUACGGUGUCAGUUUGUUGGCGAUCAUCACGUUUGUCACUUCUGCAUCACGAAAUGAUGCCUCAACUCCAAUGGCAAUUUUUGUUGCUUGAUUGGAAAUAAGUUGACUUGCUAUGAAAUCCUGUACAGUGCAGCUCACUGUAGUCACUAACUGCUCUACAGCUGGUGCGGAACAAGGCCUACGAUAGUAGAUUCAGGAUCUGUUCUCAGUUAUAGUUUUUCUAGUAUUAGCAUAUAAUAAAACUAUUCCUUUCUGAAUACUUAAGAAUAUUGCUGAUGCCACUGGAAAACCACCAUGUGACAAAUAGUUGUACUUGUUAGUGGUUAAAAAAAAGAGUGCUGUUGAGAACCUGGCUGUGGUGGAGCUCAAGUAUAACCUUCACCUGAGUACAGGUACUUGCAAAGCUGUAAUUGUUGUAGAAAUACUUAAGGAAGUAGCUAAUGUAACUGUAUUUUGGUCUUGCUUUGAGUUGUGAUGCAAAUAGAAGAUUGUCAAAUCACCUAUUUGAAAAAAAGUGAUGGGGCAGGAUGUUUGCCUUUGUGUUUUGCUCUUCUUUCACUUACCUGAUAUCUAAAUAAAAUAUAAGGUCAUUUUUCUGCUGGCAGAUAAAUCUAGUGGGUUAUUUAAAAGACAUAAAUUAUCUGUAGUUUUUGUUUGAAAAGACACCUUAUAUGAGGUAGAAGCAAAAGCUGGCUUUAGCCAUAUGUUCCUAGCAGUCUAUAAAGAACAGUGUAAAAAAUGUAGCAAUAAUUUUCCAAUAAUAAUCUUUUGGCCUCAAGCAACUUUUGAUCUUGAUAUUUCAUGAGGAAGAGGUUUUCUGUGGAUUUCCUAAUUGAAUUAGUUUAGUUGCAUUUUGGAACUGAUAUCAACUUCUAACAUGGCUCCUGCAUUAAGAAAUUCAGUAAUCAACGUUUUUUGUGAAGAAACAUUUUUUCUGUGUUUUGAGGCCAUCCCUGCUCUGUCUGCUUUGAAAUCCUGUACCUUCAAGAUAUAGGAGAAAUAGCUCUCUCUUCCCGUUUUCUUGUCGCUUAAAGACUUUGCUCAUGCACUUCUAUCAUCAUUUUUCCUGUUGUCCCCCAGUCAGGUAUCUCUAUUUCAGCCUUCAAAAUAGUAGUAGAUACUCCUUUAUACAAAACUAUUCUAUUCCUUUGGUCUUUCCCUGAACCUUAUAGUCUUUGUCUUUGAAGUGAUGUUUUUACUGGCUGGGUGGGGGAACAGCAGUUGUCAUAGUGUGACUGGAACAAAACACUGUGGCAAGUGAGCACUUCAUAUGUAAUGACAUAAUAACUUUUCUGGUUUUUCCUCCAUUGACUUCCUUAGAGAUUCUUAACUCGCUUUUUGCUUUCGUUUUACCCUGAUUGCACGUGGAGCUGAUAUUCUCGUGGAUCUGACUAUAAUUGCAAAAUGAUCCUCAAAUUAAUCACAGCCCAUCAUUUCUUUAAUGCAUCUAUGGUAUUAUUUUCCGCGUAGGUAGAUGCAAAAUGCAAUACAUGGGAGCUUAAGUUCUAUCUUAUUUUAUUGAGGCUGCAUGAUAAUAGAAAUAGCUGCUUUAGUUGAAUUUGCUAGGCUAGAGUUAGUAUGAAUUUAGGAUCUUAAGCCAGUUGUUUAAUAUUGGUGUGUUAUAUAUUUAGGAUGAAGGUGCUUAGGAGUUGUUGAGAGGACUUUGUGCUUCCAGUAUAAACAGUCUUUCUCAAAUUAAUCACAUUAAAAUAUUGACAAGUGACUUGAUAAAAUUCCUUUAUUUAUCCAUUUGCACCAAGGGAACAGUAAAGAAUGUUACCCAGAAUCCUUAAGUUUCUUGGGCAAGGAGAGUAAAAGAUGCUUGCAUCUAUAUAUAAAUGUAGUAUCUGUUUCUUGUAUUCAUCAGUUAACACAUAGAGUGUUUCUAGGAUUCUGAUAUUACUUCUGUAAAGUCACAUUCAUGCUGAGGAUAAUUUCUGUGGCAUUUACUCACUGCUUUGUAACUCGGAUGGUGUUGGAAAUGUAUAACCUUGUCUUAAUUAAAAAAAAUCAGCCUUGUCCUGUCAGCUGUGCUUUCCAUUGUCACUUGAUUCUCACUGCCUCUCAGUCUUUAAUUUUUUGAUAGCUAGUGUUUGGUCUGAGCAACUGAAUACGGAGUUAGCCUGAGUUGGUGUUAUUUCUGUCCAUUCUGCGUGGCCUGUUGAAUGCGAUGCUGAAAAUAAGAGCUGCUUCAUUCUUUUAGCAGUGUGAUCAAAAGCAUCCUGACAGUGUUGCUGGUAAGUUUUGCCAUCUUCAUAAUUGAGACGUUCCUCUUGUUUGAUUUGAGGAACUUUAAUGCAGAAAACAAGAUACCGUAACAUAUUAGCAAACAAUGAAAACAGCUCUUCUUAUUUUUCAAGUACUAAAGUGUUUGCAAAAAUAAUACACCAGUAUGAACAUAACAACUUAGAAAGUAUAAAUGUGUGCCAAACUAACUUGGAUCUCCUUCACCCGGUAUAGCACUUAAAAACAAGCUGGUACAUAGAAAAUAUUUUAUUCAGGAACAUCUUCUGCUGGAACAACUUCCAAAAGCAUCUGAAGGUGCAUCGUGAUGGGCUCUGAGAAAAAAAGUUAUUGUUAGAGGUUUUAUGGGACAACAGUAUUUCUAUUGAGACUAUUUGUCUAGGUGAGAAAAAUAUCCUUGUGAGUAGUUGUCUUCUCUGUAUUGAUAUCUCAAGCUUAAACAAUCUUAAGAUUCAAGCUGCAACAUUCCAGGGUUUCUAAACUUGCUCUUAGCAAAGUACGAUGCUUCUAAUUGCACAGUUAUAUAUUUAAUAAUCCCAGGGGGCAGGAAAAAUAGAUGAUGGAUCUUUUUAAUAUCUAUAGAACCAGGAAUACUGUUUUCUUCAGCUGACUCCACAUUCCCCUUUAGAAAUAUCUGUGUGCCCUGUUUUCCCUGAGAUAAUCGCAAAGAGUGUCUCUUGAGACUCUGCAAAACCAUUUUAGAAAUGGUCACACAGGGUUCUUGCAGCUUUCAUUUACUCAGAAGCACUGUGGUUAUUUUUGGUGUUAAUGCUGUUAAUGUUUUCUUUAGUAAGUAUAAUAAAAUUGAUGACCUAAGCCAAAAGCACAGUGUUUUGUGGCAUAAGAAUGUAUGUCGGCUAAUCUUCAGUUGAUGGCUGAUGUUUUGAAAUACGGGCAAUCGGGAGAAAACCUAACUUAGAGAUAAAAUAGUUCUAGUCAUCUUAAAAGUCAGUUUCUUUGCGCUACCGCAGUGCUGUAGUGCUUUUUUGUCAACUAAAUUUUGUUUUUCCUGAAGUCAGAAACUUUUUUUCCCUAAAGGAGUAAAGUAUAAUCUUGAGUAAAGCUCGCUAUAUGCUCCUCACUAUAUGUCUGGGAAAUUGCCUCCCUCCACACCUUGCUCAUGGGAUUUAGGUGGGAUGAAGCAUUGUCCUGGUCUUGUUAAAAAACAAGCUUCUCUUUUAGUGAAUUUGCCUGUCAGCUAAAGCUUCAUAUCAACUGCAUUUUCCUGGAGAACCAGAUCCAUGUUUUGGUAAACAUAGCAAUGGAAUGCGAGGUUAUUGAUAAGCAUGGAUGGACAUCUCGCAAGAGGGGCAACGAGAAACAGGUGACCAAGAAACUGACCAACUGUGGAUAACAUCCCAUUCACAUUAAUACUUCAUAUAAAAGUGGGAGAUCACGAGGAUCUUGUCCCUUUUCCCUUUCCUUUUCCCGUUUGCUUAUGGCCGACAUUAGGAGAGGACCUUGCUAGUUGUCCCUGCGAACUGGGGCCUAGAGAGAGACUGAAUCCAGCUCCAGCUGGCUGUAGAGUCCAGUCCAGGACUUCGGGUGCUGGCUCUGCAGUUGCUGAGACUUCCAAGAUUGGUUUUGUAUAUUUUGUAUUAUUUUCUCUAUUCUUAUUAGUAUCAUUAGUAAAACAUUUUUAAUUUUUCUAACUCUCUUCUCUCUGUCCUUUUCCUCCCAAUUGCCUGUCCUUAGUUAGAAGUGUGGAGGAGAAGAGGUUAACAAUACAUCUGCCAGGGUUUUAUUGUUACCCCACAAUCAAAACCCUCAACAAGCAUAUAAUGAGCUUCAUUAAUCUAAAGUUUAGCAAAGUUCCAUUGAAUUUGGAGCUGGCUGUGUGAGGUAUACUUACUUGAUAUUUUUUGGGGCCAGCUGAAUUUAAAAUGAACAAAAAGUACAUAAACUAUAAGUCCACUAAGUAUAAAUAAAACACAGUACAAAUAGGCCAGUUCAGGUGCGCUGAUGAUUGGUGCCAACACCAGUAAAAUGGAGACUAUGGUCACUAAGACUGGAAUGACGAUGGGUAUCUGCAAGAUACAAUGCACACAAUUAGUUGUUCAUAGUUUUCCUGUUCUUAGAUAAGUUGUGUACACGAAAGGAUAUUUUCAGUGCCUUACGCAGUUUUUCCGUUUACAAUUUCUAGAAUUGGAUGGGGCAAUUGAAAGAGUAGCAGGAAUAUGGAUAGGGAAGAACUGUUCUGCUAAAUCAGUGACCAGCAUCUUUUUGUCUAUACUGCAAGUUGCUGUGUAAAAAUUAGCAUUUUAAUGAUGUGAGACCUAAGUGCAGUGAAUCUGGGUGUUAUUUUGGGCAGUCUGCUGGCUGCACUGUCACAUCCCAGAAAAUCCAGCUUGUGCUCAUGGUCUGUGCAAGUGAAAAUAAACCCUGUGUAAUCUCCCAGUCCUUGUGAGCUCUGUCCUAGUGCAAAAUUGGAAGAGAAAAAGCUACAAAUAACUGGCUAAAUUUCAGGCGAAUAAGGAGUUGUCUGCCUGAGGAUGGUGUUUAAAUAUCCAGGUAUUUAGGAUGAGUUCCCGUUUCAGUGUUUAUGGGAGUGGAGGAAAAAACACCCUGAAUGCUGAACUUACCCUGAUGGGUCUCUUGAGUUCCUUUUUGGUAAACCUCAUAACAAUGAGUCCAAGUAUGGUUGAACCAUAAAAUAUCCAGACCGCGAAACUAAAAUAAUUUAUGAGUGUGUUAAUGUCACCAGGGAUAAUAUAAAUAAUAGCAACGGUCCCCUAAAAAUGAAAACAAAAAUCAAUACAGUCUGUUAUAAAAGAAGACGGAACGUGACUUGUGUGUCAGGAUGGGGGUCUGGUCACAGUGUCCCAGAGGGUGACCUGGGAAUGCUUUUUUGGAAACUAUUGUGUGUAAGUGUAUUGCAACACUAUUAAAAGGGGGGUUCCACAUCGUGCCAAGGUGCGUUUAUUUUUGUGUCCAAUCUUAAUGCCAUUUUAAGUCAAAAGACUUAAAAUUUGUAUGUGUUAAUCUGUUUUGUUGUUGAUGUAGUAUCUUGGAGAAGGUGAAGAUAUUUUUUUGGUUAUUGAAGUUAUUGAGAGUUGACAGAGCAAUGGAAUUUUGAAUUGAUUGUUUUGCCUUGAAGAUAAAUGGGUAAAAUAUAUAAACAUAAUAAGAUUCUAGAUUUAUUUUCAAAUGGAUUUACUGGAUGGGUUUUCUUAGAGAUGUAAAUGCAUUCUUACAGGGAGGAAACAGGGUGGCAAACGCUUGCUGCCAGGCAUCCUGUGAAAUAAGGAUUUGCCUGAGGCUUAUCAGUCAUUUAACUUUUUAAUUUGUUUUCAUGCUGUGGAUUCUUAAAAACAUUUUUAUUUUAAAAUCCAGUUCUGGAAUGAAACUGUUCAAAGGGAGAAGUUGGGGGAUUUUUAUAUAGUCUUUUUUCCUAAUACAUACGGAGCAACUUUCUUGUCUGGAUAGUCAACGAUAUGUGUCAAGACUGGUAGGAAAUUGUGAAAACAUGGAUUGCUGGAGAAUUUUUGUUGAUAAUUUUUCUCUACUUAAAAUACUUACAUAAAAUAUGAUAGCAGGUGCUGGCGUUAAACGCUUAACGCUGAUGUAGGAUAGAACCUUUAGCAUGUGCCCUUCACGACCUGCAACAUAAACAAGUCUGACAAAACAAAAAGAAGGCGAUCUAGUUAGUGCGGCGCUUAGAUUUAAGUGCCAUUACUAAUUGAAAAACAAACACACUUUCAGGUUUGAUUUAUUACGUGGCUACAUCUUCAUCAGUAUUUUCCUUUGAUACGCAGUGGGAUUUAAGGAAUAUUGUACUAGACUGAAAUAAGGGAAAUAACCCGUAUUAAAGCAGUGAAUGUGAAAAUAAUUUCAGAAACGUUAGUUUGCACAUUUAAUUUAAAAUUAUUUUGGGGAAAAAAAAAGCUGCUGCGUCCCUUUUUAAUUAAAUAUUUCCUUUUUAAUUUGUUUUGUAUCAAAAAGCUACGUUGCCAACUUUCUGUCAAAAAAAUGGUCUUUACUGCCCUAUCAUAUUCGGAUGGAGCUGAAAUUUUAAAUACUUGAAAUAGCGAAUGGAAGCAUCGAGCAACUAAUAGAAAAUAAUUGCUUAUCUUUCCAGUUGUUACAUUUGUCAUUACUGAUGUCGUCCUGUUCUUUCUGGUAAUUUUAACUGUCUAAUUCUGAGCUUUAAAGUGGAGGAGAGGUGCAAAGAAACCUAUUGUGCUAUCCCUGCUUUGAAUUAAGAAUGAGACAUAUUAUUGUCUAAUUGCUUGCAUAGCCACUGCUUCUUUUCGGAAAUAAAACAUUAUAGCCAGAUUUGCAGGUACUUUUUAAUUACAUUUUGUACAUUUGGAUCAGAAGAACGUCUGUAUCUUUAUGUGUGUCAGUACAUAAAUGUGUAUAUAUAUAUAUGUAUAUCAUUUUUUCUAUCUUUUUUUUUUAAAGAUCUUCAGGAUGGGAGCUUACCUGCCUGCAGUAAAACAGGUCCCGUUGGCAGAUCCAAUUGUAGAAAAGGCCACAAAGAGAGGAACUAUCCAGGAGGCUGGAUAAAGGAUUCUAUCGCCAAAUGUCUGGGAUAUAGGGGAUUAAAAUUAAUAGUUUUUGUCACUUUGGCUACCAUUUGGUAUAUUGGCUAAUGUUAGAGCCUCUUUGAAAGUACUGUGGAUGGGUAUCUAAGGUAUGUUACCAAUAAAAACAUAUGUUGUAUAUUUUGCACAGUUUUUAAAGAAUGUUUUGCCAAAUGAAGGCUCGGAUUAAUUAAUGAACCACUCUAUGAAGAGUGGAAUAUCAUUUUCAUGGUGUUUGCAAGGCAGCGUCUGUAGGAAACAUUGGAAGGCAGAUGUAAAAAAUACACAGAAAUUAAGUUCUGUUAAAGACCUGUGGGUCAGGGAUGUGCCUGCAAAACAGAACGCAGGAUAACGUGCAGCAGAGCGCCCCCGUACCCCAGCUGCCCUCAGCCUGCGCUCCAGGAGCAGCGCCCGCUUGACGGCACCGCAACCUGCGCCGUGCGGCCAACGAGUCCAGGACGCGCUUGCUACGGUCGUUCAGCGCGCUUCACCUGUCACCUGUACCGCGGUACGUCAGCUGUUACUGCAGGGUGGAUUGGAUCUAAUGUAGGUACGUUGAUCUACUGUAAAUAAAUUUGAAUCAAAACUUUCUUGACGGGCGGGUUUUGGGUUUUUAGUUGGGGGAGUGGUUAGCUUAUUUUAGUAAAUGCACAAGCCAAGUAUCGGUGGCGUUUCUUUUUCCCGUAGCAGGACACUCAUCAGUGCGAAGCACAAUGUCUGCUUAGAGACGUGCAGCCCUCUUUACACAGCGCUCGCCUCUCGGAGAUUUCGGUGUGAAUUUGGUCUGAGUUGAGUGCCAGCUGAUGGGUGCUGUGCACAGAUUGUAAGUUUAGGGGCAUGUUGAACUAGUCCUUAGGAUAUAACAUGAUAUACGUUGCUCUGCCUCUUGAUGCAAGCAAGAUGCCGAAAUGCACCAAAGUUCUACAUUUUAGAAGAUUCUAUUUUUUAACAUUUUUAAGUGUUUUGCCAUGAGUGUACUUGCUCACUGUGCUACACUGUGUUUUGCAUCCAUGUCACGUACAGUUUGUUUUCCCCCAAAACUAACAUUAGGACACGUUCUGCAUGACCUCUCAAGAGUUGUUUCAGAGACAAAUGUCCCACGGAAGAUUUACUGAGUGGAACUGAAGGGGCAGAUGUGUUUGGUCCUCCUCACAGUUUUAGAAGUAUCUGAGAUUUUGAAAUGAGAUCGUCUUGGUUCUUGGAUAAAAUAUCCCAGGAUAACAAAAUGAAGAUUUGGCAGACAUCUCAGAUUUACAGGAUUACCUUUGAACUUCAAGCUUUGCAGUAACUGAGUCUUUUCAAAGAAAGGCACAAAUGUGCCUAUUGCAGGGACUGGACCAAGUCUGCUGAUGUUUCACAGUUGUUCUGCCGAAUCUUACCAAUGGCAGCGGCUGCCAGGCACUUGAUGACAACCUGGGGUGGAUCACAACCUGGAUAAAAAGGAGCUGAUGCGUAUUCAGCAAAGCUGAGACAAAUGAUGGCGAAUGAACUGGGUUUUGUGACGAGUAGGCUUGUCCAAGAGAACAAAAAUGCCGGAAUUGGGCCAAAUGCUUCCAUAAGAACUCCACAGGCUGCCCAGAUGGUUAAACAAGUCCCCACAGCUCCAGUGUUGGCAAGAACUGAUUUUGGAGAAACAAAGAUACCUGAGCCAAUGAUUGUACCAACAAUCAUACAGAUUCCGCUGAUGAGGCCCACCUGGAAAUCAAAGGAGACAUUUUGAUUUAGCAGCCAGUUAGACGGCAAGACAGGUCCAUGUCUGAAACCAGAAUACGCAGAAGCAACCACAGCUUAAGUACAGAGGUUAUAAAGGGUAAUCAUUAAACCCAUUCUCAGCCAAGAAGCUUUGAGAUAGGAACCACAGUGCAGUUGUGUGGGACCUGUCCUAUGUGACAUCCAAACCGGUAAGUCCUGACCAACCUGAUCUGACUUCAGCUGACCUUUUUCAAUAGACAUCUACUGCUAAGAGCUAUAAGGUAAGCUGGUAUUAGUCACUGACAUUAAGAUUCGUCAUCUUGUUAAAAUAACACCUCUUGAACAGUGGUAAUACAGUGUUGGAAAUAUCAAGAAAGUUCCUUGCAUGAUCUGACAGUUGUUUUUAGUUUGGUUUUAGUGUUUGUUUGGGUUGGUUUGUUUUUGUGGAUUUGUGUCUUGUUUGGGGUUUUUUGUAUUUCUUUAACCUUCUGUUUAAGCACGUGGGCUUGAUCAGCAGGAAUCCUGUCUUUCCUAAGGCUGAUGUAAAUCUCUGACUAAAAAUGGGCUCUUAAGCAAGCGUGAAACAGACUUACAUUGGCUUCUAUUUGCCAUGUUUUGUGAUGGUUCAGCCAGACUCUGUGCUGGGAAUGUCCAAAACUGAGACUGCACAACAAUGUCACUACUGAAAACAAAACCAAAGCUGUAUUUUUUUUCCCUCACCCUCUUUUUCCUCUCUCUUGUAUCAUUCUCACAGAAAUAGGGUUAAACUUCAAGAGAAGCUCUUUCUUCCUAACUGACUUCUUGUUCAAAAAUUACUGUCUGGAUGGUGGUCAGACAAAAGUUUUGUUUUCCUAUAGAUAAAAAGAACAAAGAGUGGUAAAAUUAUAGUCUUACUACAAACAUACGAAAAGCCAAAUAUCAACUACAUAUUCCUUUUCCAAGCAUCUUUUACAAGAACUUAAAUAUUUUUCAUGGUAGUUGUGAUGUAGUACUAGACUAAUGUUUCUAUAUCCAUCAACUGCAGAUGCCUAGUUUGGUAUCUGAUAUUAUGUAAUGUACUACUUUGUUAUCUAUAGCUGAUAAUUCUGAAAUUAAGGUCUAUACUCUUACCAUUCCUGUGUUUUUCCCAAAAUGUCACAGACUACUGAAAUAACUGAUGUGAAAAGAAAGCAGACACAUAUAUGACAGGGCUUUGUACCUCAAAAUGAAGUAGAUUCACCUUUCACAUCAUCUCUACCCUGGAAUUUCCAGACAUCAAAAAGGGGAAACUGUGAUGACAGGAUAAUGGAGUAUGGCCUCUUUAAUUCCAUCUUAAGUGUUGCUUAGGAAUUUUUGUAGGUAUUUAAAAUUUUGUGUGGUUGCAUGUUCUACACAUCUCAUGAUGUUUUCAGAUGUCUCUUAUCUCUGCAUCAGAUCUAUACUCUACUUUGUUUCUUCAGAUACAAUACAGGCAAUGCUGAAAAUACGCCGUUUUCCUUUAGUCAGCCUGGAAUGUGUUUGGAGAGUUCCCAACUCUUGAAUGGGUGCCUUAAAUCUCUGCCAGUGACUUGACCUUAACUAGCCUGUGUUUCCUUAUAAAAAUGGAAAAGUAUCUUCAUUUAUUGUCUAAUUUUGUUUUAGGGGUUAAUCUUCUUGGGAUGCUAUAAACUUGUUAAAGGCUUUGCAGUUUUGCUGGCAAUCCUCCUUUUCCUCAGCCGCUUAAGGAACAAAUAAACAUUGAGUUCAAGGAUUCUAGAGUUAUUUUCUUCAUGGACAAGAGAAAUGACAUUUUACAGCCAGAGGAAGAGUGUCCUUCCCUCUCAAAUACAUACAGAGAUGAAGAGAUCCAGGAGUUCAAAUUCCAAGGAGUUGCAGGAGCAAACACUCUGUGGGCUGGUCCUGUCUUAACAGUGUAGUUUGACCCUUUUCAAAUGCUAUUUACCAAUUAAAUUGUAAAAAGUAAUUUUCAACUUUAAUUUGGGAAAUAGCAAGGGCACAGUAUAUAAGUACAUCUUUUACUGUCAUUAGUCACUAAUAAUAAAGGUUAAUGUUUGGCAGAGUUGGUAUUUAUUGCUUGCAGCAAUGCACGUGUUGUGUUUUGACCAAUACUUUUAAGCAAAUGCUAAGGGGUGGUAUCUUAGCGGUAUCUCAAAUGGGUACUUUCCAUUCUAACCUUGCUACUUAACAGGUUACUUAAUUUUAAUCAGAAGACAGGUCUGUUUACUUGCACUUGCUCUUUGAAUCCUGACGUUGAUAGAUGUGCUGUGAGAAGUGAUCUCACUACUGUCAUUCUUAAAGGCAUUUUAAUGUUUAUUUUUUUGGGUAGUUGCAGGUGUGCUGCAAGUGGAAUGUAAGAAAACGGUCUGGUUUUAAUAGCCGGGUCCAUGCCGGGUUAUGCCACUGGAUUGCAAGACCUUUGCAUCUUGUGGGAAUCAAUAGUAAAGAUGAGAUGACUAUGUAGUUCAUCAUGCCCAUAAUAUAUGUGGUAUUUGUAUACCUUCAUUUUUUCCCUAUUUAAUCCUUGGUUACAGUGUUGUUGGUUUUGCCCCUAUGAUAAAUGAGUUUGUUGAAAAGGUCUUUAGGUUUCCUAAAGAUUUUGCACUAGACCUGCCUUGAGUAGUACAUGGGUUUUAGUAAGAAACACUUUUUAAUGAUGUUUAAGCAAAGCUCUUCAGACACCCUUCAUAAACUUGUGAACGUGGGAUAUGUUGUCCUAAGAUCACAGAAAAUCAAGGAGUGUCUUCUGAAGGAUGUUCUAAGGGAAUUUUGAUGGCCUGUGAAGAAAAUUAGUUGGACUUUAUUGAAUUAAUUUUGUCGGAGCAUUCAGGAGCCAAAGUUUAGGUGUUUCACAGCCUGCUCAGAAUUGGUGAUUUCCCUGAUACACAGCUGGCUCCUCUUCUUUUUCCCUUUGAGGAAUGAGUGUCUCACUUUGGUCUCCUUUUUGAGCCCUAAAUCCAGGUUGCAUUCCACUGGUUCCAUCAAGGAGGUUUCCAGCUAACAGCAAGUCCAUUCCCAGCUGAGGAAGAAAGCAGCGAACACUGACGCACUCUACAGAGCUCAUGAUGUACUACCUACUUUUGAAGUCUCAGCUUAAUUUUACAUUCCAAAAACUAAACAUUUGAUAGUUCUUUGACAGGAAUUGAAGAACCCUCUGUGUUUUUGUGGUGUUUUGUGAAAGGAACCCGAAACCACUUCAUUGGUUCAGUUUACAACUAGAAGAUCCUGUAAAUGGAGGGAAGAUGCAGUGUACCAGAAUCAAUAUACCCCAGCAGCAGUGGCUGAGGUGAAAUAGUCAAGUUGCCAAUGUCAGCUGAAGCAAGGUGAACGUGGAGCUUUCUAUUGGUGCAGGUCAGCGGAACAGCCUUUGCAGGUGGAUUUUACUGUGUGUUGGUGCCUGAUAAAUGUAACUGCAAAAGAAGCAGCCAGAGGUGUUGGGUACGGUGUUACACGGUGAGCACUUUUUCUCUAAGUAAAAGCCCAACAUCCCUUGCAACCAAAACAACUUCAAGAAUUUCCAAAGCUGGUAAGAGCACAUGAAAUCACCCGCUAUCUGGAUAUUGUAAACUUUUCCCAUCUUGCAUGUUUCUUCAUGCUCUCAUUUUUUAUAGCUGUGCUCAGUUCAGAUGCUGUUCACCUCUUCUAAGUGUAUCCUGUUGUAAAGAGAAUCUCAGUGUACCUGGAGCUGAUGGCUUUGGUCUUCAAGACCAUUUAAUGAUUAAUGACCUGUCAUAAUCUCCAUUCGCAAGGAUCACAGUCUUCAUAAGAGCAACUCCUCAAACUAGAGCUUUGUAUAGAAGUCUGGAAAAGAGCUGAAUUCUUACUACUUGUGAAAAUGUUACAAUUCCUGUAUGUUAAAGCAAGGUUACAGCAAUCACUAGUAAGAGUAGAGUCCCGUGUUAGGACUCUACGUCAAAGCAAUCAAAUGUAGUUUUCACCUGAUUUAGCAUCUUAUCACCCAAGCAGUUCAAGAUCAUAAAAAUAUUUGUUUCCCCUUGGUUGGGACAUGCAGGUUGAUUUUUGAAUGGGUAGGAGGUUUUUUUAGUUGCUUUUAGUCACCGUUUGUGUCAGAGAAAAAAUAUUUGCUAUGAUGGUAAAAGGUCCACAGCUGGUUCCCAGCAAAUGUAGUGCUGUGAAAUACGGUUUUCUUUGCCAAAGGUUUAUCUGACAAAUGCGGUUUCUAAGUUGGUGUUUUGAAAUACCUUAAAUCACCUGUGAACUCUGAUGUGCUAACGUAGAAUUGUUUAUACUGGCUAAUUACAAGGAAGCUCUAGUUCUUGUGUCUGUGCCAAACAGUUCUAGUUAGAGCUAGUUCUUAAUGCUCACGGAGCUAUCCCUCGUACAUUGCUAAAAUGCAGGGUUCAAGAAUUAAUUUUCAACUACUUUCUGUAGUCUGCUUUCUGUGUCUUAAUCCUGUCCUUUUAACUGCAUUAUUUUAGAUUACAUAGGCUAACAAAUUUUUUUCAUACCGUAACCUGAGAAAUAAGGGUUUGUGCUUCUGCUCGAAAUUGCAAGAUGAUUAAAAUUGUAUGACUAGGGGCAGGAGAACUAUUAAGUAUUAAAUAGUGCUAAGAAUACUUGCACAUCAGUGUAUGCAAAAUUAUUACCGCAGUGAAGACGGGAAAAUUCAGAUAGACCUAACUUUGUAGUGAAAGUGACGCCUUUCUUUUCACCUCUGAUCUUCAGACCAUAAUUAAUCCCUAAUUAAUCAUUAAAUUGACUUAGAUUGGACUACAUGACACCAUUUUCUUGCAGUAAUCUGAUACUGUUUUAAAGCAAAAAACACAUAUCAGCAGCUGCUUUUUAUUGGUUUGGCUCCUGUCCUCACUCGUCCUGUUUGCUUCUCUGUCCUGGCUGCGGGCGAUGCUGCCGCAGAGCGGGGAGGACGUGGCUGCGGAGAAGCGUCGCUGUCCCUUGGAGCAGAAGGCAGCAGCGCGUUUGAACGGGGCUGUACAAGGAGAAGGAAGGUUUGGCUGUAAAAGGAGGAGGAAGGUAGAGUCAUAACUGGCAGCUCAAGUCAAACGGUGUGACACCGUCAUGCCUGGUCACUUCUCACAAAGUCCGUGAUACCUGAGAACUGCUGCUCACUCUACUUUAACUGUUAUUUCGCACUAUUACGUGAUACAUCUAUUUCUUUGAACUUGUCCACCUAAUACCCUUUUAUUUAAUCUGUAUAAUUUUCCUGCUCCUUUGAUACAGUAAAAAAAGUUUUCUGAAACACUGUUUGUAUCUAUCUCUAACUUGACUGGAACAUAAUUCAAAGCAUGUUAUAAACUAGACUCUCCAGCACUGGCACCUAAUUCACCGAUUGUUACAGUGGUGUUUCAUUGGCAGUGCAUCUUUAUGGAAUUAAUUUGUAAUGAGAAAUUUGUAUCAUAGAAGAGUGUUGUCUGUUCUUUCCAAAAGGAUGGAUCUUGUAUUUGCACGUUAGCAUGUAUUUGGUAUUAAUAAACAAAAGAAAAAGUUAUUAAUUUUCCACAUUCUAAUGUAAUUCUAACCUAACCCAUUUAAAACUUCCUUGUUUUCUGAUUUGUGAUUUGUAAUUUGUUUCAGCUACGUAACUUGAAUUAGGAUUCCUCCUGCUGGAUAAACGUCCAUGUUCUAUGGCAAUAUACAGUAAAAUGUGUAUUACAGUUAUUUUCAGUCUAUGAAACAAAAGGUCUCUGUAUUGGAACAGUUAAGUUCAGCCCAUCCAUUUGUCCUUCAGUGUGCUGGUUAUGUUGCAUCUUUUCUGUGGCUCAUGACAAGUUUAUUUACGUAAUCCAAGUUGUAAUAAAAUGCAACAUACCAACAGUGUUUAUAGGCCUGGGUGCCUAAGGACACUCAGAGGACCUCUUUUCCCCGUUUUACUGAACGGACACGGGUGCAUCGACUAAACCAGCCCGCGGUUCCAGUAGCGACAGGACUGAGGCGGUUUCUGGCCCACUGUCACAAUUCCGUGCGGCUUCCACCACCGUUGCCAAGCGUUCCCGACAGAACUCGGUAGCCCUGGGACCAGGUUGGGCGAGGGCAGGUCCUGCCCCGGGGGUGCUGCUGCCUGCUGCAGGGCCGGCACCGCCUGGGAGGACCUGCGUGGAAAGCCUGAGAACCUGAUCUGAACAAGCUCUGUUCCCACUAAGUAUAACUUUUCACUUUUAUAACCCCAAUUUCAAUUAGCGUGUUAUUGGGUGUAAUUACAUCGGUAAAGGUGACCUUACAGUAAGACCGCUCCUCUCCUUUGCCUGUGUGUGCAGGACAGUCUGAGGCACUUUCAUUGCUGAGGCUUUCAAAGCUGCAGUGAACAUCCCAAGUACAGCAGCCGUGACUAUCUCAAAACGCUGUUCCUCUGCAGAAGACUUACAAAAUACACUGUGACCUAGAAAACUCAUAUAGUGUCUCGCUGAAAGAACUGCUGUUUCCAGACCUGAGGUGGCAUCUUCCCUUGGUUUACAAGACAAUUUACAACCACCACCAGAUACGGUAAACUUAUACAACUAAGAAUUUAAUGGCAGUGGCUAAGUCAGAUUAAGGGGAUGCUCAUUGUACAAUUCUCAGCUCCUCACACCUGUUUAAUAGCUGUAUAAAUUGAGAUAAACUGUGCUGACAUAAGGUAGAUGAUACCACACCCUGUUUUCUAUUGUCUUUAAAUCUAUUAUUUCACAAUGGCAGAGAUGACUUGCAAAAGAACUGCUUAAUGACCCCUCUGCAGUUAUAAAAAGUUUUUCCUGUACGCUGAUUACAUGAAUGUGCUAUGUAGAUUCCCAUUAUCAGAGGGGAAAAAUACCUUUAAAGAACUCUACUAUUAAAAGGAUAUUUCAACACUGACAGUCAUAAUCUUGUACAAAUCUGUUAAAUUAUCUUUUUGUCUUCUUAUUCUGCACACAGCCAAUCUACAUCACUUAUUAACAGAACAGUAAGGUAGAUUCAAAAGGAAACCCAUCAUUAGAUUCCUUUAAUUUUGUGCUAUUCUGAAAAGUGUUCAGCCUUCAGUAGAAAAUGCUGUUAAAUAAUUAACAUAUAUCUUGAUGAUUCAUAGACACCCCCAAAUCAUCAAGACUACGUGCAGACUGAUGUUAUUCUUAAGAAGUAGUCUUAUGAACAGCAGCAGUCAUCCAGAAUAAAUUCCUCCUUCAGAAAGUCUUGGAGCUGGGAAUUAAGAGGAGCAUUUCAGCAUCUUCAGCUCAAACAUGAGUGAGAAAAGCCACCUGGAAUUUACCAUGUGAGGCUGUGAUGAAAAGCACGAACUCGCAGCUGUGUGCAGUUCCCUGUCAGAUCUAAUUGGAUUGUUUCUACCUGUGAUUGACUUACUUUUUCUGCUGCAAGACUUCAUCCAGGGUUUCCUGUUUGUCCUGCAGCAGGCUCCGGAGGUGCUGCAUUUCUUGCUGGUACUGAGCCGUCUUCCCAGCAAAUUCCUUCUCCUGCUCGGUCAUUUUGAGACUGAUAUCUUCAAGCUUCCCAGCUGCUUUCUUUUUAUAUACCUGUCAGGGUUAAAGAUAACAAGAAAAAAAUGUCUUUAUAGGAGAAAAAAGGAUAACGCACUACCAACAAAAUAAAUAGUUAGAGAUGCUGAUUUGCAGUUUCAUCUUUACAUCAGUGCUGCCUUGCUUGAAUGUAUCAGGCUAGAUGUUUGAACACCCACUGAGUUUCUAAAUCUCCUACCCUAUGGCCAUAGGAGAAUACUGGAGGAUAACUGGACACCUGGGAUAUGUUUUUCAUUCUUCCAAAUCUAAUUGUAACAGACUUCAAGUUGAAGCAUUAAUACAGCCUCAAGACAGUAGGAGAGAGAGUAAGUGGGCUACGCUACAGAGCAAAAAUGAAAUACAAAUAAAGUAUGAUUUUUAAUUAUUUUUACAACUACCUGGAGAAUUGUGACUAGUUAUGUAAAUGCAAUGACCUGGCAGACAUGCAAUGUACAAAUACACUGGAAAAAGAUACUUGUGAAAACUAUACUGAUAAUCUAUUUUGCUUUUUAAAAACUCUUUAUAAAAUAAUCCAUAAGUCUCUCAUAUCAACACUGACACAGAUUAACUACUGACUUUUCUCAUUAAGAAAAUCAAAACAUUUUAUGUAAUAUUUAGCUAAGAAAUACUGCUUACUUUAACUUUUUCUUCCAGUCUUCCCAAGCGUAGACUGCCUUCUACUAUUUUGUUGAGAACACCGUGAUUCUCAUUUUCCAAACAUUUGGCC